GUCUAGAUAUCCAUCUACCUGUCCACACUAGACUAGAGAGGAUGAACUUCCCGGAAAGCGAAGAAACGGGGAAGAGUGUAGUCCCCUCCUCUUUUUUAAUUUGACUAGAGAGGGGGUCAUCGCAGCGCCUUCCAACCAUCUAUUUGUCUGGCCGAUUCCUGUCGACGGGAGUGGAAGAGUGAAAUACAGCGAUACCGGCCGGUGAGUGUGGAUGUCUGAGAUCAGUUUCAGUGAAAGGAAACAGGGCAGUUGAGAUAAUGCUGUUCAUACUCAUCUAAACGCAGAAAUGAAGGUGAUGCAGUUUAGAGUUGGAGAAGAAGUCGAGGUCUUCUAUACACUAGAAAAAUGGGGUGGGAAAGUUGGUGGAUGGAUUCCUGCAACCGUUUUGAAGGUGAACGAAUCCGAAUAUUAUGAGGUAGAGACUAGGACGCUGUUGGAGAUAAAUAGGAUGAAAAUCCGUGUUGGAAGGGAUAAAAUAAGACCUCGGCCGUCUCCGGAGGAUGAUCAAUAUGAUCGGAUCCUUGAGGAAGGCCAAGUCGUUGAGAUACGUUUUUUUUAUGACUUGUGGAUCACUGGGAAAGUCUGGGAAGUCCAUCAUCAUGGCACAGCUGGGACGAACAACAUCACUUAUUCUGUCCUUGCCGUGGAUCCACAUUUGAAUAAUUUUCCAAGAAGAUGUAAAGUGUCCAGGUCGCAAAUACGAGUACGGCGGCAAUGGGUGGAUGGGGAAUGGGUUCCUACGCCACCGCUACGUUUACAUAAUCAACAGGGUCUUUCUAUACCUUCAAUCAAGAGUCGAGACUUUUCCAGUGGGCUCAAAUACCAUUCCACUAUAAAAAGGAGGUCUGAUGAAAGAACUACUCUUCUUCAAUUAAGAGACAGUGGGGCCCAAGUUGAGGUUUUUGAGGAUUUUAUGAAUAAGUGGAUACAUGCCACCAUUAAGGAAUUGCAGGAAAACCAAAUAAGAGUUCAAUAUAAUGUUUGGUCUUGGGUUAAAAAUUCCUCGCAUGAGAUUGACAAGUUUUAUGAUAUGUCUCGAGUAAGGUCGCGGUUGCCACCUAAGAUAAAAGAUGGGAAAAUCUCCCUUAAUUUGCACCAAGUGAUUGAAGUGAGGGACAAUGACUAUUUUACAUGUAGUGAUGCUUGGUGUCUGGGAGAGGUCUUGGAGAUAGGUUAUGUAAUGAAAUACUCAAAUCGUAUACAUUAUUGUGUCAGCCAUCCAAGACUGGGCUACAUAAAUGUGAAGGAAAGUGAAAUAAGGAUUUGUCAAAACUGGGAAAAUGGACAAGGGUUUCAACCAUCGUCGGCUUUGAAUAUGGCACCGCCUUUAAAAAGAAGAAAAAUGGAGGAGACUCAUUCAUUAAUUGGAGCUGAGGUUGAAGUCUACAGCUUUUAUCACGAUGGAUGGAUUACGGGGACCAUAGUGGGAUCGGUUGGAAACCAAAUUGAGGUUGAGGCUGAGAUUGGUAGAAAAUUGUGGAGAAUAACUGUUGAUGCGUGUAGAAUAAGGUCUCGACCAGCUGCGGAAAGAGAGAACAAUCGGAUUUUCAAGGAAAAUGAAGUAGUUGAAGUACAAGAUUAUAAUGGUGUUUGGAAGAAAGGAGAGAUCUGGGAAGUACAUCAUGGUACAAGCUGGAAGAACCUAUUUUAUACCAUCAAGGUAGUGGACUAUGAGAACGAUAUGGUAAUCAGCACUGUAUCCAAGUCCCAAGUAAGAGUUCGUCGGAAGUGGGUGGAAGAAAAUUGGACAGAUUCAUGCAUUGAGCAGCACUCCUCUUUUCCUUCGACGGAAUUAAAAAAGGUUCGUGAUGGCACAUGGGAUAAAAGGAGGAAAUUGAAAAAUGCACAAUUUUCCGAUGGAGAAGAGGUUGAAGUCUUCCACGAUCAUAUGGGUGGAUGGAAGCCUGGGACCAUAGUGGAACUGCUAGGAAAUGAAAUUAUGGUUGAACACAUAAGGGAAAGGAAGCAGCAGAAGUAUGAUGCGUCUGUCGUAAGGCCCAAACCGCCAGUGGAUGAGAAAGACGAUGGCCAUCAGAAGAAGAUAUUCCAAUUACACGAUGAGAUUGAGGCAUAUGAUUAUUAUAAUAAUAUCUGGAAUGUGGGACAGAUCUUGGAGGUGGAGGUAUUGAGGGAAUGGAACGAUUCAUUUUAUGUUGUCUCCAACAAUCCCAGAGGAUACACUUUCGUAGAACAAAAAGAACAUAUAAUAAGGGUACAUCGUGAAUGGAGAGAUGGGAAAUGGAUUCUUCAUGAGCCACGUUCUGAUUCAUCGCUCAACCAGGUGUUAAUAAAAGAAACAAUUAUGGAUCAGACACAACUUAGAAUUGGAGCGACUGUUGAGGUUUACAGAUUUAGGUCUCAUGGGUGGUACAAAGCAACCAUCUCGAAGAUGCACGAUCGAAACCAUAUUGAGGUUGAGGUUUGGAUUGAUGAAAAAAAGGCGUGGAUGAUAAUGCAUGUGAAUGCUUCCAGAAUAAGGUCUCCGCCUCUAGAGGAGUUGGAGAACGAUCAUAGUAUGUACAAUUGGGGUGAAUUUAUUGAGGUGUAUUCAGAUGAUGAUAAAGUAUGGCGAAAGGGAGAGAUACUUGGUAUUAUUCCUUCCGAACUGAAAAACAUAUCUUAUUCCGUCCUCACUUGGAAAAUGAGUAUGACGCUACUAAUACAAAAGAGUAUGACGCUACCAAUACAAAAGAGUAUGAUCAAGAUUGUAUCACAAGCAAAAAUGCGGGUCCGUCGGGAAUAUGUAAAUGGCAAAUGGAUCUUUCCAUCUUUUGGGACAUCUUCACAGCCGAUAAGGUCAUUGACAAAAGUGGUGGAUGAACAACCUAAUGUUCCCUUCCUAAAUCCUGAAGAAGCAGGAAUAUCAAAUGCGAUUAGGCCCGUAAUUGAUGGCUUAUCUUCUAUCAAUCGUAAGACACGUGCUAAAACAGACAUUACAUGGGAGCAUUGUAAAAAUUUGGACCUCCCAAAUAGAAAGGGGAAGGAUCUUCAGUGUAACUAUUGUGAGCAGAUAUACAGAGGUGGUGGGAUUAACAGAAUGAAGCAACAUUUAGGUCAUCGAGAAAAGGGGGAUGCAACGCCUUGCCGAAAAGUUCCUGAAAGUGUUCGAGAUCAAAUUCAAAAUGAUCUUAACAUGGUUUCAGCCAGGAAGAAAGUAGAGCCAGUCAAUGCUUCAAAGAAGAUCCAAGACAAACAGUAUGUUGGAAUACAAGGGACUGUUGAGAUGAGUACUGAUAAGUUGAAGAGUGCUCUGGAAAUGCAACUAGGAACUGCAAUUGAUUCUGUGAAGGAGAAGAUUGAAAAUGAGAUAAAAAAGAAAGACAAUUGUUAUGGCGAUAUCUUCAAAAAAUGCAAUAUUAAGAAGGAGGAUACACGUCGCUUUAUGGUAGAUCAAUUGUAUGAAGUAGUUCAACAGAUUCAUGCUACCAAUUAUGAAAACAUUUCUGAAGCCAUGAUCACUGAAUGGUAUAACGUUUGCUCAGAUCAAAAAACCAUGAAUAUUGAUUAUACAUGGCUAAUGAGCUUGGUCAAAGAACUCGAAAAUUGUUUGAAGGCGAAAAUGGCAGCCGAAACAAAGAUAUGGGAAUUGAAAAAUACUGUGAAGGAGAAGAUUGAAAAUGAAAUAAGAAAGAUUGACUUGAUGAUGGAACCAUUACCUUUCAAGCAGAGAAAGAAUGCUAGUGAAGAUAUCAAUGCAGUGGACAAUAUAGCACAUGGUACAUUCAGAUUAAAUGAAGUGGAUAGCAGUGCAAGCAAACACGUCUUCAACACGAGAGAAAAUGAUGGAGAAAUUUGGGUACAUAUAGGAGACUAUCAUGCAACUCAAGUGGAACUCUACACCUUAGAAGAUCAAAAUUGGAUUGGGAGUCCAGUUGUUAAUAUCUUCGGGCAAAUGCUAAUCCUUAAACAAAAAAAACUAGAUGGAGUCAUAUCGCGCCACUACUUUCCCACAUACUUUGGGGAAAAGAUUGCUAAAGGAGUAGAGGAUCUAGAGGAUCUAAAAUGUUUCUAUUCAGUGAAGAACCUAGACUACAACUUGACUCGUUGUGAAUUGCUUUUCAUCCCCAUAUGCUUGGAUAAUCAUUGGUUCUUAUACGUGAUAAAUUUGAAGGAUCAAAGAAUAGAUAUUCUGGAUUCCAUACGAAGAAAAAAUGUUCCUGAUAUUACACACCAAAUUGUGGAUACAUGCGAGAGGAUAUUAACCUUGCUAAAUGAAGGGAGGAUACUUUCAAUUUCCAAAUGGAGUCAAGAUCGGCCUCAACUUCCAUUACAAACAAACCUGAAUGAUUGUGGUGUCUUCAUGUUGAAAUUUAUGGAGUGUUGGAAUGGGGAAUUGACUGAAAAUUUCUCACAAGAUGACAUUGUAUUUAUUCGAAAGAAGAUCCUGAAAGACUUGAUGCUAUUCUCAGGAAACAAUGCUAAAAAGGAAACUUCAAUAAAGUAUUAACCGACGGCCCGACUAUUUGGAGCGUAUGAAUCUUUAGAACAUAAUUGUACUAGGAUGCACUCAAUUGUAUUAAAGUGAAUCUCGGGUUUUGAAAAUUCCCGGUCAUCCAUUUUGAAUUGGGUUGCAAUAAACUGUUUGAUUUGAUCAAUCUUGAUUUUGAUGCUCUGAUUUGAGUGAUCUUUUGACUUAGUUUGACUGAUUAGAGAAUUUUUUUUUUUUU